AAGCACUACAAAAGGGGAAUCAAAAUAUUUGUACACGAACAUGCAUGGUAGUAACGACAUUAUCGACAAAGCCACAAACAUUAACAUUAGAGAAUGAGUCGCCAACGUACAGUAAUUAUAUUUAAAUCGGAAUCGGAGAGCACCGAUGUGUAUGCCGAAGAAUUGCAUCGACACUAUUUUAAUCCGAUUUUUGUGCCGACCUUAAGUUUUGGUUUUAAAAAUUUGGAUAAAUUAAACGCAAAAUUGCAGCAUCCUGAUGAUUAUUCUGGUCUCAUCUUUACAAGUCCACGUUGUGUGGAAGCUGUAUGCAAGGCCUUAAAAAAUAAUGAAUUGCCUGGUGCUUGGAAGAUGUUGCAUAAUUACGCUGUUGGUGAGGUCACACACAACUUGGCGAUGAGUGAUUUGCAACAGUUGUUUACACAUGGCAAACAAACAGGCACGGCCCGUAGUUUGGCUGAAUUUAUUAUUGAAACAUUUGAUGGUGGUAAAGAUCUACCCUUUCUUUUGCCAUGUAGCAAUUUGGCUCAAGAUACAUUAAAUUUAAAAUUACACGAAGCCGGCUUUCGUGUAGACGCAUGCGAAGUGUACGAGACCAAGUGUAGUGCUGAUUUGGCAGAACAUAUGGCCCGUGCAUUGAGCUCGGAAAAUAUUGAAUACAUGGCUUUCUUUUCACCGUCCGGCGUCAACUGCACCUACGAGUAUUUUAAAGCUAAUAAUAUAUUACUAGAUAAUUAUCGUUUAGUAGCGAUUGGGCCCAGUACAAGACGUGCCUUAGAAAGUAAAAAUUUAAAAGUUCAUUGUACAGCAGAACGUCCCACGGUUGAGCAUCUGAUCAAAGUCUUGAUUAAUCCAGAAGAUAGUCGAGAGCGUCUUUUAAAAGAGUCACAAGUUGCCUUGGAAGAAUAGCAUAAUAUUCAAUCGAAACUGUUAAGGCAAUUGGCGUGGAUGGUACAAAUUGUUUUUCCUUGAUAUUUAUGCGAAUUUUUUUUAUAAGAAAUAUUUUCAUUUAUUUACAAAUAGCAAAACAAAAAAAAGAUCGACAUAUUCUAGAUAUUGUAACAUUAUUAAAUAUUGCUUUAAAUGAAAGAGAGAGAAAAGAAAGUGAUUACACCGUAUAUUUAUUUAGAUGUAUUGUAAUGUAUUUUAUGAUUUACCGUUAUGUAUAUCCUUUAAAUUGUGAUGACAUCAGAUGCAGGUUCUUUUCUAAUUAUAUUGAUACAUAAAGAAUAAAAUUCUUAGUCACAAAAAAAGCAAACAAACAAUGUUUACUAUAUUCAUGUCUAUGAAUCAA